AUGGCAGAGAUUGAAUCAAAGGAAUGGAGCACCAGAAAUGCUGGAAUCAUCUCUGAAGUCAAAUUGCUGGACAAAUUACCUAAACUCACAAACAGAGAUGGUAAGAAAUUGUAUGAACUUUCUGAUUUACUCAUGGAGAUAGAAUCCCUCAAGGCUAAUGACAAGUACAGCUCACUACUGUCGUAUUUUGACACAUCAUCAGGUGUCAACCCAAUUGUGCAAAAACUCCCCUACGGUCUCCAGGAGAAGUGGUCAAACCAUGCCUUUGGAUAUAAACAGCAACACAAUGUUCCAUAUCCACCUUUUUCCGUGUUGGUGAAUUUCAUUCAUGGUAUCUGUCUCCAGAAGAAUGAUCCCAGCUUUCACUAUGACAUUUCAUCAAGUGUUGACCAUCCAAAGGUUAAGGCCAGUGCUACAACCACUCAGAUACGGACAAGGAGAACCGACAUCAACAGACAGGAUACACCCAUGUGUCCUCUUCACAAUUCCAGACACUCAAUCAACGACUGUAAAGCCUUUCAAGACAAGCCAUACCAGGACAAAAUCAGCUUCCUAAAGACUAAAGGUAUCUGUUUCAAGUGUUGCAUGUCAACAGACCACGUAGCUCGUGCAUGCACAGAGAAACUGUUGUGUAAAAAGUGUAAGAGUACCCGUCAUACUACAGCUAUUCAUGAUGAUGACUGGGUCAAGCCUUCUCAGCCGACAACAGGCCAUGGUGGGGAGGCCAGAAGUUUUCGGACAGACAGCAGUAUGAGCAAUAAUGUUAACCAUCAGGAUCCAGUCUCCUCCAAGUGUACACAAAUAUGUGGAGGGCCAUCUGAUACGUUCCAGGGCAAGUCAUGUGCGAAGAAUGUGCUUGUGCUGGUAUAUCCUAAAGGAAAAAGAGAACAGGCCACCAGGAUGUAUACUACAAUAGACGACCAGAGUAAUGCUUCUUUGUGUCACUCAAGCUUCUUUACAAAAUUCGGAAUACAAGGUGACAGUAUACCUUACACACUCUCAUCAUGUGCCGGUCAGAUUGAAACAUCUGGACGUAGAGCCAGUGACUAUGCUGUGUCCUCCCUGGAUGGAAACGUAACAUUUGACCUUCCAGCGCUUGUUGAGUGCAACAAUAUCCCUGCCGUAAAGGAAGAAAUUCCUACACCUGACGUAGCAUUGCACCACUCCCAUUUGAAGAGCAUCGCCAAGCAUAUCCCAGAACUAGAUGACAGCUCCCAGAUAGAACUGCUGCUAGGUAGGGAUCUGCUAGAGGCCCAUCACAUCUUGGAGCAGAUAACGGGUCCACGCGGCAGUCCAUAUGCACAAAGGUUACCCCUUGGCUGGGUAAUUGUUGGCGAAGCAUGUCUUGGUAAAGCACACUCACCACAGCAUGUGAAUCUCAACAAAGUGUACAUGUUGGAUAAUGACCGCCCUUCAAUAUUCCAACCAUGCCCAAACAAUAUGUUCAUCAAGGAAAAUAGUGACAGUGAACUGUUUCAGGAAGAGAGUGAUAUCUUCUAUACCACAUCUGAAGAUGAGAGAUCUGGUACAUCUGUACAAGACAGACAAUUCUUGGACAUCAUGGACAGAGAUAUGUACAGGAAUGAUAAAGGUACUUGGGUUGCCCCAUUACCUUUCAUGAAACCAAGAAAGACACUGCCAAACAACAAAACCCAGGCCAUCCAAAGAGCUAACAUGUUGGACCGCAGUCUCCAAAAGAAUCCUGAAAAGAGAAAACACUUCAUGGAGUUUAUGCAGAAGAUUUUCGACAAUCGUCAUGCUGAACUCGCACCACCUGUACAGGAAAAAGAGGAAUGUUGGUAUUUACUAAUCUUCGGGGUCUACCACCCUGAAAAGCCAUCACAGAUCAGAGCGGUCUUCGAUUCAUCGGCCCGGUACAAAGGUGUCUCCCUAAACGAGAUUCUCCUACAAGGUCCAGAUCUUAUCAACGAGCUACUUGGGAUUCUUCUCAGAUUUAGGAGAGAGCCAGUAGCGAUACUGGCAGACAUCCAGCAAAUGUUCCACUGUUUUGAAGUUGAGGAGAGCCAUAGAAACUACCUACGGUUUCUCUGGUACAAAGACAACAAGUUCGAGAAUGAACUUGUUGGUUACCGUAUGAGGGUACACGUUUUCGGCAACCGACCCUCACCGGCAGUGGCCGCUUAUGGAUUGAGAAACGCAGCACAGGCAGGAGAGAAAACAUUUGGUAAAGAUACUAAAGACUUCGUGCAGAAUGACUUCUAUGUCGACGAUGCUGUCAACUCUCUCCCUACACCAGAACAGGCUACAGACCUUCUCAAGAGGACACAAGAGUCUCUGAAGACCAAUGGUAAUCUGAGACUUCAUAAGAUCAUCUCAAACAGUAUGAAUGUAAUGAAAUCAUUCCCGCCGGAAGACCUAGCUAAGGACCUAAAUGUGUUGGACCUACAACAGUUAGACACAUUCCCACUUCAGAGAAGUCUUGGAAUACUGUGGGACGUCCAGAGCGAUGUGUUCACUUUCCGCCUACCAUCAGAAAACAAGCCAUGCACUAAGCGAGGAAUACUGUCUACAGUGAACAGUAUAUUCGACCCCAUGGGGUUCGUAGCUCCAGUCGUAAUCCAGGUUAAGCUCAUUCUCAGAGACGUCGUCUCCACAGGCCUAGGGUGGGACGACAUCGUGCCAGCUGAACAUCUUCAAAGAUGGGAGCAGUGGAGAACUUCUCUAAAGGCUCUUGAACAGUGA